AUGAGCACUCCACAACAUGCUGGUCAUUCUGUCGUGAAUCGUGAUGAUGAUGAACACCACCACUCCGAUGAGGAAACGAUUGCUCUCUAUGAGUUUGAGGAAGUGGAAGAUCAAUCCGUUCAAAUGAAAAAGAAAUUAUUUUUAACAGAUUAUAUUCUUACUAAUGAUGAUCGGAAUGAUGAAUCAAGCAAAGGCCAUGUUUUUUCAAAGUUGGCAAAAUUCAUUUCAACAAUUUAUGAUGCAUACAUCAAGUCCGAAAAGCUUGCAAAUGAUGACUCUAAUAUUAAUUACAGACAAGCCAUUAUUGAAAAAUAUCAACAGAACUGGUCUAUCGAAUAUUCUUCAACUGGGCUUUACACACUCAAAGACUCCACACUCAAAUUACACAACGAGGACAUGGUGCCUAUUGCAAGUGCCAAAUCCUUGGAAUGGAUGGAUGCAAGAAAAAUAUUGAGUGUUAACAACAAUUUUGUUUCUGUCACAAAUUGUGAUGAUGGAACAAUUCGAAUUUAUUCUUCUGAUUUGAAGUCACAAAUAGGAUUGAUUGAUCUGAGCACCUUUUUACACUUUGAUAAAUCUCCAUUAUUCAGAUCAGCCAUUUCGAAUGUAAAGCUACAAACUAUUGCAAGUACCGAAAGAUAUGACAUUUUAUUUCAAUACGAUUCUUCUCUUUAUCAAAUCCCCAUGGCCAAAGAUGUGUCUACUAUCCAGUUAUACAGGUUAGACAUCAGUUCCAAUCAAAUUGAAGCAUUUGAUGUGUAUGAAACAGAAAAUGGCGAAAAGAUGCUUGCCAUUGUUCUUGCUCAUUCGGAACAAGAAUGCCUAUUAUUGAAAUAUCCUCUAGAGGAAAGUUCAAAAUUGAUUGCAAUACAAACAUCUGAAAAGAAAAAAACAAAGAGACGAAAGGUAUCUCUCGAUUAUAUCAAAAACCAGAACGACUUUUUCUCUCCAAAACCCAAAAUGAUCUUCUCUCCAGAUGGAUUAUAUUGUGCAUUUUUGUCGAGCUCCAAGAAAUUUUUCACUUAUCGAGUUCCCUUCCCUUUCAUUGAUGAUUCACGAGUAGUCGCAUCUUCAAGCUUGGAACAUAUUUUGGAAUUUAAUUGGUUGUCUCCUAGUUCUGUAAUUUUAUGUAACGACAGUAAUGAGAUGUAUGCCAUUGAAAUCUCAUCCAAAAAGAAUAUUCUUGGCGAUGGUGAUGUGACUGAGGAUAUUGAGGGAAUUCCCUUCAUUUCAAAUGCUCACAAUGGAAAAUUCUUUCUUUUGGAAUAUGACCCAAAUAUUACACAAUUGAAAGUUGAUCAACAAGUGCUAUUGUUACAAGAGCAACAACGACUCACUGAGAAACUUCAAAACUCCUCAGACAGUUCUCUGUUAAGCGCAUUUAGUACAUUGUUUUCAUUUUUGUUUCCAAAGGUGGUACCUCCUUCCGAUGAAUUGAAAGAGGAAAACAUGAUUCCAUCCACUCUCUCAUUGGCCUAUAGAGUUUACAGGUUUUAUCAAAAAACUCCAGAGAAGGAAUUUUCAGAAAAACUUAAUCAAGGAGACCUUGAGGAAGCUCUUUCUUUGGCUAAAACAUUCAACCUUGACAUUGAUGAAGUUUAUAAGAAAAUGUGGAAGAGACAUGUCAUUUCAUUAGAGUCCAUCUCAAAACUAAAAUUGGUUUCAGACAAAAUGUAUAUACUCAAUGAAUGUGCAUGCAGAAUUGCAGGCAACGAAGAAGUCAUGAGACAUCUCCUCGAGUGUGGUCUUGACAUUUCAAAUACCCUACUGAGUGAAGAAACAAAUUGUGAAGAUUUAUCGCAUAGGGCAUCCUUACUUAAAAAUUGCUCUGAAAAGGCAAAGGGAAUUUUAGAAAUACGAAGAAAGUUGCUGCUGUAUUUGGAUAGAUUGGACUUGUACUUGGAUUUAGCUCCACAACAAGUUUCACUUGGAUCAGUCUACAAAGGUGACCAAUACCACUACUUUAGGGAUUGCAACAUUGUUUCCUAUGCCAAAGAAAGAGCGUCCAUGAAAGAUUUUUCAUCACUCAAAGCAAUAUUUACUUAUUGCCUGCCUUUCAAUGACUCGAAUUGGGUCAGUAGAAAUUUGAAUCCGCAAGACAUUCUUGAUAUUAUUUCAUGCAUACCAGAAUCAGUUCCACCCCACGAGUACAAGGAUUUAUUACCUGGCGUUGAAAAAAAGGGAACCUACAUGACCCAAUGGAACAAUCUUUUCAUGAGGCGAAAGGAUCAAGACUACAGUGAAAAGCUCAUGGAAAAACCACAAGUAGCCUAUCCAUAUUCUCAAGAAAUUACUGAUUGGUAUCUCUCUAGGGCAGAAGCAAUCGAUACCGUAUCAGGUAUGGUCAGCUAUGCAGAAUCGCUGUUGGAGAUUGGCAUGAAAAGAAAUGUGAAGCGAUUGGAAGACAAGUUGAACGAACUCAAUUUUUUAUCGCUCAUGAUUUAUAAUCGAGGAAAUUUGUUCAAUCUUAACAAACAAUUACUGUCAGUGAAAGAUUAUGAAUCCAAUUUAACAAAUUUUGAUAAGUUUAAAUUACUCAUUAACAAGACGAGUACGGACAUUGUUUCUCAGAUUUUGAACAAAGGACUAAACUUUAUAAGCCAUUGUGAUGAUGACGAAAAGACAGGCAAGGAGUCUCUCCUAUACAAAUACAUGCUUCAAGAACUUGCUCCUCAUCACCUCUAUCAAUGUGCUAAAAUUUUUGAAUAUUGCAACGGACCGAAUGCAACACCUUUAUUCACGGAUAGUGACGUUCUUGCAAUGCUUGCUGUUGAGUGCAUUUACUCGUGUAAAAAUUUCAGUGACAACGCUGAGAACAUUAUUCGAAUUAUUAAUGCUCUUCCAACUGGAAAUAUUCAUGAGGAGCUUGAACAACAAAUUAACAAUAUUCGAGAUCAUACUGUUGCACUCACCGUCUUGUCAAAAUACUCCAUUUCUACAUCUCUUUCAUUAACUACUGAAUUUGAAUUUGUUGGCAAAACGAUUGUCGAGGAGUUGGUACAAAAAUGUAUAAAAACUGGCUCUGCAUCAGACAAAUCAUUCCAAAGCUUAUAUUCAGACCUGAAGACCCUUCACAGUACUGUGUUGCAUCACUUAACACAACAGGAAGUUUAUUCUCAGUUCCUUAAAAAUUGCUGCCUAUCAGGACAUGCUCAUCUUGCAUACGAAUACAUUACACGUGAUAAGAUUUUGCCCUGCAUCGAUGCUGACGAAAUUAUUUAUCAAGCCACGGCAGAAUUAAUCAACAGCUCCACAGAACCUACCGAUUCAUCCAUCAUGAUUGCAGAUAAAUGCAUUUCUUUACAUCGAAGUUUACUGUCUGGGAAAUAUAUUCCUUCAAGCAACGAAGAAAGGUGGACCAAGGAGGUUGGAAUACUAGAAGCAUUUCGAAUUAUUGGUAAAGAAUUUCCUAACCAUCAACCUGCUCUGUUUUUGAGGAAGACCUCAAUUGUCGACAUUAUUAAAUAUUUAAUAGAGAAUAAUCACACUGGAACCGAUGAAACAACAUUAGAAAUAUUCUACAACAUUUGUAGACUUCUUGGUGGCAAUGAAAGUGACCUUAAGGGCGUCAAGAUGCUUACCAUUGAGGACUCACUCCAAAAAGCAGAGUCUGGUAAUUUAGAAGUAGUGAGAACCCUCAUGAAACAAAAUCACAAAGGAGUAUACAAGCAUUGUGCAAGACUUUGUAUAGAUACAAAGUGUAAAAUAUCUAACGAGGAACGUUUGGAAUUUGCAUCAUAUGCUGUGAGAAACUGUCCAUCUUCGGAGCUUUCAGAAAUGCUCUCAAACUAUGAAAUUGUGGAAUCACAACAAUUCUUAUCUACAACUGAAGCUACAAAUGAUUUAUCUCUCAGCAAUUCAAUCCUUGUGGCACAUAGAGAAUUUUCAAAGCUUGCAAAAGAAAACGCUCAUUUAUUCAGCAGCAUCUCGGUGAGUGGAGUCACACCUAUUUAUUAUUCAUGUAGUGAGAAUUCUUUCGUGUCACACUUUGGAAUUUCUGCCACAAAAGAACUCGACAAAGUUUUCAGGACUAAACUGAUCGAAAUCCAAUUAAUGAUCUCUUCUGGAACAGAGAAAGUAGAUUCUCAAUGCCUUCUUGAUUUUGCGACUUUGUCGCUUACCAAUGGAUACAUCAUGUCCUUUGUCAGUAUUCUCUUGAAACUUCCGCUUGAACAUAUUGACAGUGUUAAAAAGCUGUUUGACUCUAUACUCUCAUCACAACCACAAAACACUCCAAUCUCAGCAGUUGAAAUGCUUAUUGAGUUGUUUACAUUAUACUUUGCCUUGCGCUUGCUACUAUUAGAAAAUCCUGAAAGCUUGACCGAGUACUAUGACGAAAUGAAUUUGAAUGACAUUGAAAAAUCUUUGGAAGGUAACACAACGGAGACCAAUGAAUUAACAUCAAUAUUGUAUCACUUUUUGAAAUUCUAUAAUGGUCUGCUUUAUUUAUGUAACCACUUUAGCGAAUUGUCAAUAUUUAGCUCGCAAAAAUUGAGCUGUUUACAAUUUAUUACCGAUGAAACGUAUAGAGAAACUGUUUUAUCGGACUUAUCCAAAACUCAAAAUAUGGAGCAAUUCAAGACAGCUCUAAAUAUUGCUCAAAAAUUGAGUAUGGAUACAAGCAAGCAGUACUUGAACUUUUUAGAUCACAUCUUGAAUAAGGAGGAAAUGCUCGAUUCAGAGAAGUCGUUUAUCCAUGAAAUUGCUUCAUCAACUCCAAAAGAAAAUGUCAUAUCAAUUGUACAUAACAAAUUGAAUCCUAUUUCUCGUGCUACCUCAGGAUCCAAUUUGCUCAAAAUUAGUUUUCUGAUGGAGCUAUUAUUGGAUAAGGGUCUCUCUGACUAUACUCCACAAAAGGAUCUUGUGGAUUUUCUCUCAAGGGAACAUGUAGGGGUAGACUUUUUCGUUUUAAUUUCAGAAAAAACUGAUACUAGCAAAAUGAUUGAGCUUCUCAAACCCAUUCUUAAUCACAAAUUUGUGGGCAUUGUUUUAGAUCUUUUGAAGCCCAUUAAGAAAGUAGAUCAUUCUCAAAUCUAUUCGUUUGUUGUGACUGAGACAUUGGGUAAUGCUAAAAUUGAUGCAAAAGAAAGAGCCGAACUUGUUUUGCCUUUCAUUUCUUGCUUGAUACAAAAGGAUAUCAAGACGCUCAUCAACAAACUGUCCUUCGACAAUGCUUUCAAAAUGCCUUUGGCUGUUCGAUUGUCGUUUAUGCGCAACAUUUUGAACACUGAUAUUGCGGAAAAUUCCUCUCUUGCAAAUUAUGUCAAGAAUACCAUUUUCAAAAUGUCAGUUGCCAAGAGGCUUUUCCAACGUCAAGAAUUGGAAUAUUUAUUGGAAGAAUGGGACAAGUUUUUGAGAGAUCAUGUCGAUUUGAUGCAUGUCUUAUCUGAGACCAUUGUAUACACCAAAAAUCCAUCCUGCAUCUCUAAUAUUCUUCAGGAUCUGCAAGAAGAAUACAAGCAGGUGUUUGAUGUGAGUAAGACAGACAAGAUCUCACUUCCACUCUUCUUCCACUUGGAUACCACUCAGUGUUAUCUGAAAACUGUCGAAGGUAUUGUACAAUGUCUCGUCGAAUAUGCAGAAGAAAUCAGUAAGGAGAGUGAUUCAGAAGAGGAUGAUGCGGAAGAAGAAGACAAGUUCUUGAAUGCAGAGAGCAACGACGAAAGUGGAGAAGUUGACAUUCAUUGGCCACCCUUGAACGCCAAAAUGGGAUGUGCUUAUCUCAAAAUUAUUCUCAAAUCUAUCGUUGAAAGACAAGACUUUCAAGAUUUAUUGAACACUCUCAUCAACUACAUUGACUCUGUUGCAAAGGAUCAAGAUGAUUUACCAGUUCGAACCCGAAUUGCCUUGGUUCGUAUUUUGAGAGACUUUAAGAAAACGAUUCCUGGAGCGUCCUCUCCUUCGACCUCUUUGGCUGUCACAUCAUCGCCAGGAGCUGGUGGAGAAGAAAUAAUUUCUUUGUCUUCAAAAGACCAUGCCAUUGCUACCACUGACACCAAUACUGCUACUGAAGCAAGUUCAAAUAAUAUCACCAGCAAGCAUGAAGACGAUCAAACGACUCUCCUUGCCAUCUAUCAAACUCGUGACACUGUGGCAGAAAAUUUCCCAUCUCACAAAACAUUACUUCAUUCAUGUACACCACCAAGUGAAGAUUUUGAAAAGCAAUUAGAAGAAUUAAUCAACAUUUCAGCCACUGAAGCACAAUAUCGAUCUUUGAGCUUUAUAUUGAGAAUUUGGUUUAAGGGAAAACAACAUAAGGAAUUUCUUGAAUCUCUUCUUCUCAAAGUUUUAAGAGCUCUCAUCGAAAAGCAUCAUGUGAAAGACAAAGUAUUAUUGGAGAUUGCACUCGAACACGUUGAAUUGCUCUCUGAAAAGAAAGGUAACGACUUUGUGAAAUUUAUAUUCGAGAAGGACGGACAAGAUCUACUUGGAUGUAAAUUUGCACUUCAGGUCAAACACAAGACUACGAAUGUAUUGGCUCUCGAUCGAAUCAAGUACAUUGCUGAGACUAAACCCACUCUAUUAGACUCUGACUCCAUGAAUGACAUUAUUUGUACCUGCAUCAUGAAUGGCUACACUUCCACUCUGAUUCAUAUUGACACUAUAUUAACAUACAUAUUGGAUGGACAACAUUUGAAACUCUAUGAAGAAUGUGAGGCUCAAUUUAUUGCAGAGCUCGUGUUAAUUAGCUUCAAACAAUCAGCACCUCAAUUCACUCUCUUUGCAUGUGAAUAUGUUCAACGUAAAAUAUUUGGCAUGCAUGACAUGUUUGGUGGUGAUUGGAAUUCUCAUUUAUUCCUUUUGAGAAGAUAUCUUCAGCAACAACAAACACUUCCCAUCAACAUGAAUCAUCACGAGGAGGAAGAGGACGAAGAGUAUUCAACCAUUGUAAGAGAGUUGUGUCGAGCAGCACUUCACAAGUUGGACAUUCGUCAAUGA